AGAAAAAAAAAUAACUAAGUCGUUUAGCUAGGGACAUUCGCGGUUUAUUAUCAGAAUUUACAUACAUUAACAAUCACUGUUCCUACCGCCCUCGUUCAGCGCCAAGCUAGUCCCAGUCCCGCUCCACCCUAAGUCGUUGCAAGCAACAAACAGCAAAACAUAUCGAACUGUUAAUCAAAACUCCGUUAUCCAAGGCAAGAGUUCACAGGGCCGUAGCGGACAUCAAACUGGAGGCACGAUACAAGGGUGAAAGAAAACUCGAGGGGGCACAGCCACGCUCCUACUGGUUAUUCCUUUUAUAAUUUCUAGAGAAAAGAACUGGGGGACACGACACCUCCCCCCCCCGGCCCUUAAGGGGCUUACGGUGCUGCAUGAGACUUGAACUAUCUUGCAUAACUAUGAUAAUAUUGGCAACUGUCAGUGAACACGUACUCAAGAUGUCUGAGAUCAUUGACUGCAUGGUGUGGGUUGUGCAGAAGACCUGCUGGAGCAUGUGGAAGUUCACAGAGUUUUUAGGAUUACGCAUUCUCGACCUGUUUGGGUUGAUAUUUAACACGUUGGCUUGUUUAACGGUCAUCCGACUGCCUUGUAUGGUCCGACAAUUUGCCGAAAUGGAUUCAAUGUGGGAAUGGCGAUCCAUAGGAUUUUUACAAUUUUUCAUAUUUCUCAUUGAUAUUCCUGUCAUUAUUAUGGGCCUGAUUUCAAUAGCGAUAACGUUCGGUGUCAUUCUCAUACCAUUCUUCAUCAAGCUGAAUGAAGAGGACGUCAAAUGUGACUACUGUACAAAAAAGGGUAACCUUUACUUUGGAGGGUUUAAGUUGCGAGGCAUAGUCAUUUCGUAUUUCUUUCGUUUGAUGUGCGAUAUUUUCUGUUUGCCUCUUGGUCUUAUUUGCUUUUUCUCGUGGAGGCACAAAACCUUCGUAAGGGAAAUAAAAGAAAGUAAGGAUUGGGAAAGUAUGGCUUGGAGAAAAGUCAGUAUAAUCCAGUUUCUGAAUUUACUUCUUGACAUUCCUUGUCUCCUUAUUUGGCUUGUCGUCAUGGUUACGUGGCGUGCACCAUUAGCAAUUGUUAGAGUGAAGAACUAUGAUUCUGGCGACAAGAAGUGGGACAUAAUCAGACUUGAAGCAUUUCGCCAAUUUGCGUUUCUCUUCGCCGACGUCUUCUUCAUCGUGCUGUUUCUCAUAACUAUGGUGACUUGGAGGGGUCCUUUGAUGCUGCAUGCAUUGUGUCACGCCGAAGAUGAUGAGGGGGAUAUCGAUGAAUGGACCUACAAGACCAUUGUUGCUUACCAGGCGGGACUUAUCAUAGUGGACAUACCUUGCAUUAUUUGUGCCUUCAUUGUCUUUGUGACUUUGUGGCGCGUGCCAAGUUUUGUUAGGCACUGCAAGAAAAAUGAGUGGAAGUUACGGAAGAAUUGCUUGAGACAGUUUGCUCUAUUAGCAAGAGAUGUUGGCUUGUUGCUGCUAAACAUAAUCUGUCUUGUUCUAACCAUAGUCUGCUUAUUGACACUUUGGCGGGCAUACCCACUUCUUCGCGAUUUACGGAAGUACUUCAAGCAAAGGUCUCAUGUAAAGUUGGAGGACAGCACCGGGAAUGUUGAGACGGGAGAAGGGCCCAAUGCUCGUCAAGCUCGAAAAGCAAUGAAAUCUAAAAAAGCCCGAUUCACAUGGAAAAUUCGCUUUGCUGCAUUUAAACACUUCAUGUUCCUGUUUAUUGACAUUCCUGCUAUAGCAGCGUCGUUUAUUAUCCUCGCUACUGUUGUCCGCCUCCCAAAACUGCUCUCGAAACUUAUUCAGGCUGGUAACUUCUAUAUGGAAUUUUCGAUGAUUGUUUUCACGCAACUUGGCAAAUUGGUAGUCGACUUGGUGUUCCUCCUUCUGUUUAUCGUGUUGAUGAUAUUGAGGCCGAUUCAGUCUUGGGUUCAUCUACUGGAAGACGAGGAUCAUCGUCGUUGCCGAGAGCUGCGGUUUUACAUGCAAUGGGUUCCCGACAUACUGAACAAACGCCACCAAAUGUACAGAGAAGUGGAGGAGGUCUUCUCGUCUUGCCUCAAGGAAAAGAAACUUGUGCGAGAUGUCAGAACAAGAUUAUCACUUGUGAAUGCGGAGUUCCUUAAGGAUCUACAGUGGGUCCGUGACAAGGUCAAGAAGCACGAGCUAGAUGAAGAGUAUGGUCACUUGAUCCAUGUGGUACAAUUCUACGAAGGCAAGAGGGCUUACAAGAUGUCAAGGCUGUAUGAGUGUGAACUAAACUACCUUCGACGUCCAAACAUAGCUGCUCAUAAUCAGAAUCUCGCAAAGUUCAAAAAUGAAAUGUUACGACUUGAGUCUCAAAUCGGCUCUGCAAUUCGGGCUGUUGAAGAGUUCCAGGUUCCCAAAGUACCGCUCUGGGUCGAGGAAUGUGGGCUUCGCACACGCACGCGCAGAGAAACCCAGCGUGUGUUGGUCAAAUGUCUUCCAAGUGGAAGAUUCCUGAACACAAUCCUUAUUAUCCUCAACCUCAUUCUAAUCUACCGUGGUCCUGCACUCAUUGUUGACCUGUACCGUCGAUGGUAUGAUCGUAGAAAGAUAGUGUUUGAUUCCCUCCGCGAAUAUCUAAAGGACUUUCUCACUGUGUUAAUUAUCAUCCUGGUCAUCUUUUCAUUGUACAGGGCUCCCUUUCUCUUAGUGGAAAUCGGCAAUGACGUUGUUAUGAAGAGAAGCUGGAAAGCAGUAAGAAAGACAGUAAGGCGAUACCCACCACAACUAGGCCAGGACUUGGUUGAGUUUUUCUUGAUGCUGUUCAGCUGGGAAACAGUGAGAUUCACCUUCACUGCAAUUCUAUUUGGAAUCCUCAUGCCUGCCCAUCUGUUCCUGACGGUAAUGAAGUUCCUGUUCGGUAAGGGAUGCUGUGCCAUAUGGUGGACCAUCGUCUCAUAUGUUGCAUUCCUAGGAUUCCCAUUCCUUUUGUCAUAUAACUUAGCGCAGAUGAUGGUUACAAGUGGACAAGGAUCGGCUGUACCCAUCGCAAUCGGGGUGUUCUUCGCCUUUUUAAUGCUCUUCCUCGUACUCGCCGCAGUUCUUACAUUCCGAAAUCGCGAGGAGAGUUUCUCGGUUCGACCCAAAGGGUACGACUACGUGCGGUUUAACUGGUCCAACGCCCAUGUCAUUAUAUUUGAGAUCGUGGAGUUUCUCCAGUUGCUGUCACUGGUGUUCAUUGUCGCGGAUACGCCUAUGUAUGGCUCAGGUAUACUCAGAGAAGCAUCGAGGUAUUUAUUGCUCGACUUCGCCACAUUAGAGGUCAAGUUCUGGUUGGCGACUGUUUUGUUCGUCUGCUGGUUCUUUGUCUGCGGAUUGCCUGUUAUAUUAGAGCAAGUUGUCGGGUCUUUCGACGAAGGCACGUUCGCCAAGCAAGUCUCUUGGUCUCUUCUGGUGUCGCUUUUGAGUAAUACGUUGUUUGUGACAGUAAUUGAGAGUUUUCUGUCAUUCGUUGCAUGUAGCUACAACGUCGCAUGCCCCAGGAACAACUCGAACCACACAAUAAACACCUCCUUAUUGCUCCAUAACGCACCGGUCAAUGCUUCCACACCGCACUGCGCAAGUGCAAUCUUGAUCGACGACCCUCGCAUUGAAUGCUGGGCAGGUGACCACAGGGGUACCGCAGUGUUCGGACUUCUGGCUCUAGUUUGGUACGCGACUACGUCAAUUAUUUUCGGCUCUCGUUACGGCGACUCUGACCACCCGAGUCAAGACCUCAAGUUUUCUCCAAUCUACAACGUGUUCAUUAACUUUGCUAAGGCAGUGAUGGUAGGCGUGACAAUUCUUGCAGUCACCCGCCCUUAUCUCGUGUUUGGCCUGCUGAUUUUUCUCAACGUGUGCGCGCUGCUAUUCACGUUGGCCUUCAACAGGGCAGUGGGGUUUAGCUUGUCUAACUCAUUUGUGCUCGUGUUAUGGCGUUCCGUCACAUUUGUCUGUUCUGCGAUUGCAGCCGUAUCCGCUAUUAUCGCAUUCAUGAUAAACGAUCACGAAUCUUAUAUACCCCUGGGCAUAUUCCUCGGAGGCACCCUACUUGUGCUAGUAGUAGCUAUAGUCGUAUCGGUAUUGCGUGUGGUUCGGAGGGUUUUUACUCCAGUGGAACAGCAACGCAAGGAAUUCAGAGCGCAACUACAGAGCCUUGAAGCAAGACUCUCACAGGAAAACCAAAUGGUUAACUCGUGGUCGAAACGGACGAAACAGUGGAAGCGAUUGGUAAAGAAUGUAUACGAGGCACAAAAGAACGACGAGCAACUGGCGGACCGUCAUGCAAUGUUUGAGUUUCCUGAGGAGAUUCUACCUCCUCCAGAUCAAGACGCAUACGACUUCCAGCCUCCUCCUCUUCCAGUCGAGAAUCACGGUCCUCUUACUGAGGGGAUCCCUGACGAGGCCGAGCUUCCCCCACCUCCUAACUACCAGGAUCUAUUCCCACACAUCAUGGGGCCCUAUGGUCCCGUCGAGCCUCCUUCCUAUUCAGAGCUAGGGCCACCUCCUGCUUACUCUCCAAGCGAUAUCCCCUCUUCAGAGCCCCAGUAUGAGCAUAAGAGUCACUCAUCAGAGGGCGUGGCAAGUGAUUUGGGACUAGGGCUUGAGACAGUGCCUUUAUAUGAGGGGAGUGAUGCAUAUCAGGGCGCACCUUAUGACAGCGUCCUCUUCCUGGAAUCUCAUCUUGACGCGCCCUCACGGCCUUCCCGGGAGGCUGACCCGGUCCUGGGGAUGGAGUGCAAUGGCAAAAAUCUCCUCCUUGCGCUGGAGCAGAACAUUCAUUAUUCCGCAUUCUCCUACGCCUUCAUCGCGCAACUUCCGGUUUGGCGAUCCACCGUCGCAUGCGCUAAUUGGACAAGGCUUCUUGAGUGUCUGCGUACCCUGAAGGCCGGUCUGACCGGGAAUUUCAAUUCCCCCACGUCCAUUGACGUGUCCUGUGCCGAUAUAAGUGUUUUGAUUCACCGUCUCGCGCCAGAUCCCGACCGUGAGCAACCUCCUGUCUUUGUCCCAGAAUCACGUGACCCUGAAGUAAUAAGAGCCCAGUCUGACGCGGAGAGGUCCCGACUUCUAGAAGAUGUAUCUUGUAUGGAGCAGUUCGGGGAGAAGUGGGCAGCAGUGCUGGAUAAAGUUCUUCCAACCAAGCCGGUGUUUCGAAAGUGCUACUGGGACGACAGCGAAGGAAGGGCGUUCGAGAUUCAUUUGCGUCGUGCUAUCAAAGGCACAAUUGUCAGCGUCGGGCCCCGAGGAGUAAAGCUCGCCAAGGGGGCCUCACUGCAGAUACCUAAGGUUGUGAAAGGACAAUUUGUCACUCCAGAUACUGUGACAUUCUCCAAAGGCUGUGAGCCGAAAGGCAGUAAAGGCCCAGUCGCAGUGUUGGUGAAAGAGCUUGGAAUCCUGGAAACGGAAUCCAAGACUUAUAUCACCACGCAAGGAAAGAGGCUGGCGUAUGACAAAGCCUUGGACUGUCUGCACGAGGUGGACUGGAGGUGAUAAACUUAUUAUCAAUAAUAAAAGAACAGAUGAUACCAUGGGAAGUUCAUGGAGCGAGAACGUCCUAUACCCUGGAGACUGAGAACUCAGACGUGUUAAGGGUCUUCAGUGCUUCGACCAAAACCGCACAUAUUUUAAUAUUUAAAAAUAUCUUUGUUCGAGAGGACACCCAGAAGAGUUUAAGGGCUUUGGAGGUGUUUUUAAGUGUCUUUAGAACCUCGACCGAUAGUGUCGAGCGCGCUGUUUUGGGUGCCCUGGUUUAGAAGCUUUAGAAAGUUGUAGAUAGUUAAAUUUUGUAUAACAUCAAAGUUAAAUUUAUAUUUUUUAAAUGGAAAUUAACGCGAACAUAGCCAGCGUAUUAUUGUUAAUUGUUAUCUCUAAAUAAAUAAUUCGCAAUAAGUAAACCUUCGGACUAUGCACCUUAUGAAUAUAAACAAUGAGAUCGAAUUUAUACGGGUCGAGUGAUCAGUGUUACAGAAGUGUGAUGUGUGUGCGAAAAUGCCAAUUUAUCAUGGAAUUAUGGAAUUAACAAUAAAUACAAAUUAAACACGA